AUGGGUUUCUUUCUGAUCGGUGCCAGUGUGGCGCACAUUAUGGUCUACGCAAAUCAUGAAGGCAUCUCAUUUAGGUCCGCGAUUGGUCACUUGCGUGUGCCAUUUGCCAUGGUGAUCUAUGGCGCUGUGGCGACUCCUUACCCUCUAUCUCUCUGGAUUUAUCAUUUGUAUCUUGUGGGCCGUGGCGAGACCACACGAGAAUAUCUUAAUGCGCACAAGUUUGCAAAGGCCGAUCGACACCGUCCAUUCACGCAGGGCAGUGUGUUGAAGAACUGGAUUGCUGUCUUAGGUCGACCACGACCGCCUUCCUACAUGGAAUUCAAGCGAUCGUAUGAAGAAGGCGACCAACGUCUCACCAUGCAGAAGCGCAAAUAUCUCACCACCCGCGACGACGUCGAGUCACAGGCGGGGAUCGAGAUGCAAGAAGUUGGUCAUGAUCAUACUAACUAA